UAUCUUAAUAUUCCUGACCAACAUAAUUUUGGCUCGCAGUAUAAAAUUAGUAGAUAACAAACUGCUGACGCACAUUUUGUUCAAGUUGGUCUUUGUUGAUAUUUUCAUACAAAUCUUCAUAAUUAUUAGUUACAGUAAAUAUGAUACUGAUUCAUGGAAAUUUUCAAUUAAAUCCACUCUAAAUUUUACCUUCAUGUGGUCAACGGCAGUUCUGUCCAAUGGAUAUGUGGCAAUUUGCUACCUGAUCGCGCACUUGUAUCGUCAAAUCAAUCUUCAAAUCGCAGACUUGGUCCAGAAACUCUGCAAUUUCGGCAGCGAUCACUCCCACUGGAGUUUAAAGUCAACGAAAAAGAAGCAACUCUUUCGACAAAUCGCCACCGAGCUGGACCGACUAGCUUAUCUACAUCGGGACGUCACCACCGUCGUGCAGUGGUUUGUUAAAAUAUUCGACUUUUCACUGCUGGUGAUGAUCGUUUGGGACUUUUUCAUCGUCAUGUUUGCGAUCUUCUACACGUACACCUCCCUCGUCCAGGACAUCCGGGACAACGUGCGGCCCCCCUGGUCCAAGUACGGCCAAUCGUGCAGCGUUGCCAUCUUUCAGGCGUUCCAGUUCUACUACAUCGUGUCGGCUUCCGCGCUGGUGACGCGCCGGGCGGAAAAAACCGGCCUGGUGCUGAACCGGUUCUUUCGAGCGGAAGUCACCGAGCGGGUCGAGAAGGCGAUUGAGAUGUUCACCAUCGAGUUGCUGCACCAGCCGUACAGCAUUGAGAAUUGUGGAAUGUUCAAGGUGGACUUUACGCUGAUGUAUUCGAUGGUAGCAACAAUUACAAGCUAUCUCAUAAUAAUGAUUCAAUUUCAGCUAUCAGAGUAAUCGCAGUUUUAUUUGGUAUUUAUUUUUAUUGUGAAUGUAAAAAAACGUAUCAAUCAAUCAAAUUAGUUUAUCAGUUUA